AGGUAAAACGAAGCCGCACCUGAGCGAUUGCAGGCGAAACAGCCAUGCCGGCAGCUAAAUUUCUGGUUAAAACCGGUGACAGGACGCCCUUAUCUUCAAAAAACGACGAGGAAAAUGAAGAAAGGGAUGAAGAAAAGACAGAUUACGAGUUUGUGCGUGAAUCUAACAGCAGCGCCAGGCUUUUCGCCGUAGAAAGACGAGAGCAAGUGGGAAAACCCGCAUUAGAUUCCCGCACAAACCUGAAAUAUGCCUCUUCCUAGAUUUGGUCCGGAGGAGUGGUGUCACCAGAUAAUGCUCUACCCCUCCGGUAUAGUAUUUAUACCGU